AUGUGUGAUAUUGAAAAAGGCAGGAAGAUCUUUAUUCAGAAAUGUUCUCAGUGCCACACAGUUGAAAAAGAUGGAAAGCAUAAGACAGGAUCGAAUCUUUGGGGUUUAUUUGACCACAGAGCAGGACAAGCUGCAGGAUUUUCUUACUCAGAUGGAAACAAGAACAAGGGAGUUGCCUGGAGUGAGAAUACACUGAUGGAGUAUUUCGAAAACCCCAAGAAAUACAUUCCUGGUACAAAAAUUAUUUUUGCUGGAAUUAAAAAGCAGAAUGAAAGAGCUGAUCUCUUUGCAUACUUGAAAAAAAGGCACCUCUGUAUGUUUGUACCUGAGGAGAGCAGUGGAGUGUUUGUGCCAAUGUUGCAAAAACGCAAAUGCCAGCGGAAAGGCCAAGCAGCCGUUAGUGGCUGCGGGAAGUGGGCGCCCUUCGAGGGUGACGGUGUCGGUGACGCCAGCGCCAGCAGCUGCGGGCGGCUCAAUGGCAGUGUGCAGAUGUGCGCCCACAGCGGGGGUGUCCUCGGCCGUGUCCUCACAGAU